CCACACAACUUCAUUCCCUCUCCCUCUCUCCCUCUCUUUAUUUAUUUUUUUCUCUCUCCAUAUUCUUUGCCGCCGGCUACCGACACCCACUAUUCCGGCGACUUUCUUUCAAUCUCCGGCCACACACACACAAACACUAUAUUUAUAUAUAUAUACAUACACACAAAAACUUACACACAUUGUUUCUAUUUCACUUCAUUAUUAUACAUCUCAAUUAAACCCCAUCAUUUUUAUUGAUUACCCAUUUAAAAAAUAGGCCUAUAGAUAUAUAUAGAUAUAGGUAAAUGUAUGUAUAGGUUUUAGUGUUUGAGAAAAUGGGGUUAAAAGGGUUUGGUGAAAUAAGAGUUGAGAAAGUAAAAAAGUUAAAUAUAAGGUCAACAAGUAAGAUAAAAGUAUGGAUAAUAAGGAGUACAACUAUUGUGUUAUUUUGGACUUGUUUAGUUCAAUUAAGUGCAUUAAGAGAUAGUUUUUUUGGGUAUAAUCUGGUUUUGAAAAAAGAUUGGCCUUCUUCUUCUUCUUCUUCUUCUUCUUCAGUUAGUGAUGGUGAUUUUAGUGCUUUAGAUGUUAAUUUGUUGCAAAGUGUUGUUCCUACUAGAGUUCUUCCCCCGAAAAGGGUGUACAAGAACAAUGGUUACUUACUGAUUUCAUGUAAUGGAGGACUUAAUCAAAUGCGAGCUGCUAUAUGUGAUAUGGUUGCAAUUGCAAGAUACUUGAAUGUUACACUAAUAGUUCCUGAGUUGGAUAAAACUUCGUUCUGGGCUGAUCCAAGUGAGUUUGAGGACAUUUUUGAUGUUGAUCAUUUCAUUACCUCCUUGAGAGAUGAAGUCCGGAUACUUAAACAGCUGCCUAUACGGCUUAGAAAAAAAGUGGAAUUAGGAAUUGUGCAUACCAUGCCUCCUGUUAGUUGGUCUGAUAUUUCAUACUACCACAACCAGAUUCUUCCUUUAAUUCAAAGAUUUAAAGUUUUGCAUUUGAAUAGAACCGAUGCUCGACUUGCCAAUAGUGGUCAACCCAUUAGCCUUCAGAAGCUCAGGUGCCGAGUAAAUUUCAAAGCUCUGAGAUUCACUAGUCAGAUUGAGGAGUUGGGUAGACGGGUUGUUAACCUUUUGAGACAAAAUGGACCAUUCCUAGUGCUUCACCUGCGAUAUGAAAUGGAUAUGUUAGCAUUUUCUGGUUGUACUCAAGGAUGCAAUGAUGAAGAGGUGGAAGAAUUGACCCGAAUGAGGUAUGCUUACCCUUGGUGGAAAGAAAAGAUCAUUAACUCUGACUUGAAAAGGAAAGAUGGUCUAUGCCCUUUGACUCCUGAAGAAACCGCUCUUGCAUUAAGGGCAUUAGACAUUGACCGUAACAUCCAGAUAUAUAUCGCUGCUGGUGAAAUAUAUGGUGGCGAAAGGAGAAUGGCUAGUCUUGCAGCCGCCUACCCAAAGCUGGUAAGAAAAGAGACUUUAUUGGGACCAGACGACCUUCAAUUUUUUCAGAACCACUCGUCACAAAUGGCAGCAUUAGACUAUCUUGUAUCGCUCGAAAGUGAUAUUUUUGUCCCAACUUAUGAUGGAAACAUGGCCAAAGUUGUAGAAGGCCAUCGCAGAUUUUUGGGUUUCAAGAAAACAAUAUUAUUGGAUAGAAGACUAUUGGUUGAACUAAUAGACAAAUAUACAAGUAAAUCAUCGAGUUGGGAUGAGUUCUCUAGUGCUGUCAAGGCUGCACAUGCAGAACGCAUGGGUAACCCCACAAAAAGAUUGGUUAUACCAGAUAGACCAAAAGAAGAAGACUACUUCUAUGCAAAUCCAGAAGAAUGCUUGCAGCAGCCCUCGGAAGACGAACAUGUAAAUAUAGUGUGAUGAUGCCUUUUCAUGCCAUCAUUUUUGCCAAUCAUCUUCAGCAGUUUGCGUGAAUUUGUACAAGCUCAUGAAUCAAGGGAUCGGAGAUCCAUUAUGAAGAUCUUUAGCACAAUCAAAAAUAUGUUAGCAUUUUCUAACGUAUCACCAUGGUCAAUUGUUACUAUUCUUGUAUAGAAAUCUCCCUGACAUUUUGGGGUUAUACCGCAUAUUUAUAACUAGAAAUUAUAGAUUUUCACCUCAAAUUUACACA